UUAUGUCCAUCAAAACAGUAAGUCGCAAAGUGAGCAGUCAAUCUCUGUGGUUUUCUGAAAGUAUAAAUGGUUGAUUAUAGUGUCUUUUAACGAAGGAAAGAAUUUAUAUCUUGGUUUAUUUUAUGGCGUUAUUGUUUUCUAAGAAUCCUCAGAAAAUCGUAGAACGUUCAAUAUCCUUGCUACACUGGCAACAACACAGUAUCAGCAACUGCAUAUGGACGAAACGUCUAUCAUAACCCAAGUUCAAAAGGAGGAAUGUCAACAACUUAACUCGAAUGGCAAUCAUGUUCCAGUGUUAAAUGAAAAAGAUAACGAGCCUGCUCACAAAAAACAACGUAAUCGUGGAUUUCUGUCAAGCAUAUUUUGUUGUUUUGGUGGGAAAAGCUCAUCGAAGUCACUACAUCAUAAAAACGGUGAAGGUACACAGACCAAUAUAAACACUACGGCUGCUGUACUCCCCGCACCUAAUAAUAACCAAAACACACUAGUAAAAGGCUACGAAGAAGAUGAAAAAGAAGAAGAAGAAAUCGACUCUGUGGCGUCCCAACAGGAAUCAUUUUAUUUGCUUCCAGCUCUUUGUCAUCAAGACUUAAAUAAAAAAUGCGUGGUGAUUGACCUAGACGAAACUCUUGUUCAUAGUUCUUUCAAGCCUGUUGAUAAUGCUGAUUUUAUUGUGCCUGUCGAAAUUGAUGGUACUGUACAUCAGGUUUACGUGUUAAAACGGCCAUAUGUUGAUAUGUUUUUGAAAAGAAUGGGAGAGAUAUUCGAAUGUGUGUUAUUUACUGCUAGCUUAGCAAAGUAUGCAGAUCCAGUUGCUGACUUAUUAGACAAGACAACGUGUUUCCGCUCGAGACUGUUUAGAGAAUCUUGCGUGUUUUACAAAGGGAAUUAUGUCAAAGAUUUAAGCAAGCUGGGGCGAGAUCUUCAUAAUGUUGUUAUUAUUGACAAUUCACCUGCUUCUUAUAUAUUUCAUCCUGAAAAUGCUGUGCCGGUGACGUCGUGGUUUGACGACAAAGAUGACACUGAGCUCAUGGACUUAAUUCCAUUUCUUGAAUCCAUCAGUUCCGCAGAUAACUGUAUUACUGCGUUGCAAAACAAUUACAGUAGAUACAAAGCGGGCCUCAGAUUAAGUGGAGUAAACGGGGGAGAAGGUUAGUGUGUUAUAUUCAGCGUGGUUCAUUCACGUGGGUAUUAGAAACAGUCCUUAUUAGUAGAAAAAUGGAUAAAUUUUGAAAAGAGCUCGCUCCAGGUUUCGAGGAUAUUUUUACAUGAAAAAAAAGAGUUGAAAAUGACUUUAUUUUUAUUCAAUAUUUUUGCAACCAUAUUUUUUUAUUCCUCUCUUGUAAUAGAAUUUGAUAUUUUUCUAAAUUAUUUACUAUAAAAUAAGGAUUUUUUUUAAAAGGGUUGAAAGCAGUCUUUUCGUAAUUGGUGCUGAAGAAACACGCACGCAGGUAUCGCACUUAUCCCUUGUUAUCGUCUAAAUAAUUCCUAGCUUGAAAUUGAUUUGACUGAGAAAGAAAACUUUUCUCUUUUUCGGUAAAUAUUUCGAUCCCGUGAAAUUUUUAUGACAUAAUUUGCAUCGGCCAAUAAACAGGCAUGAUUUAAAUUAUGUAAAUUUAUUUUAUUGUAUCGAUAAUUAUGUAACGUGAAAUAUUUUAAUCCGGCAGGCGCGCUGCGCUACCAGAGGUUUUUGCAGCUUUUUUAUCUAAGUGGAGAGAUUGAAAACCUUUUAUGCUUAAAAAUGUCCGUUAUGACUCUUCAGUGAAGUAAAGAUGAACAAUAAAUAUGGCAUAAUUCAUUGUUUAAAUUCGUCAAAGCUAAAGCAACUCAUUGUUUUUUUAUGUACAACAGAUUUUUUUUCCGCUGCAUAAAAUUCCCUCUCAACCUAAGGUUACUUUUCAAAUGAUAUUAACCUUUUUUAAAAUACGAUGGAGAGCUCGUUAAAAUUUAGCGUAUCUCCACCGGUGUGUUUAAUUGACUUUUUUAACGCAAUACAGUAGUUAUCGUAAUUAGUAUGUCAGAUUUUUCGCACCGUUUUUUUGUAUGCGAAGAAGCGCAGAAUUAUUUUUCUAAAAAAAAUACUAUGUAUAUUUCUAUAUCCUUAUCAUAAUUUAUGUACAUAUUCAAAGUUCUCCUGGUUUUCUUUUUUUGUGUCAAUUUUAAUUUGAAUGCAAUUUUUCUUAAUUUCCUUAUUUUUUUACUUUCAGUUUAAUUACAAAUAGUUUAAUAAUUUUAAAAUUUAUACUUAUUUUUCUGUACGAUAACCAGCAUAUAUUUUUUGGAAUUUUUUGCCGUCGCCAGUUUAAUAAUUAGCGCAUAUAUAUAUAGAUUAUACAAAAUGUCUGAAACAAUUAUAUGUUGGCGUGGAACAAACUCCUGAUGUAGAAAUGUGAGCAUCACUACGAACCGCUCUCAAAUUGAUUUUAUCUACCAUUGAGUUGAUGUGUUAGACAUGAAGUACCGCCUUUUUAUUUGAAUUAGAUAUAGCUUUUCUCAUGGUAGGUUCGAACUCCUAAGAACUCCUUCGCUUCUUUUUUGUGGUUGAGAACCGUCCUUCAUGUUAUUCCGCCCAUUUAAAUUAUAUCGCCCUUCAUAUUAUUCGAUACCGUAUAAAUGUCGAACUUGUAACUGCAUAUGCGUAUGUUCCAUUUUAUCUGACGUGCUUUGUAUAUUGUCAAAAAUUUUACUACAGUCUCAAUGCAAUAAAAUAUGUACGGUUA